UAACUACCUAACUACGAAAAACAUAACCUUAUUUCACUGUUUUUAAUUUUUAGUAAAUAAAUUCGUGUAACUACUAUAAAAUAAAAUUAAAAAUGUUUGGAUUUAAUCCACCAGUGAAUAAAGUAAUUGCUACCGGCUAUAAUUUACUUUAUCAACAAACAAGGAAUACAUUUAUAUUAAAGAGAAAAUGGUCUCCACCAUUGCAUAAAAAAGGUGGCAAACCAUCUAAACUGAGAGCGAGGCACUUUGUAUAUGAUUUAGUCGAAGACUGUAAUUUAUCAAAACAACCAGACAUUAAAGUAAUUUUAAACCAGUUUGUGGAUGGUGUUGGCAAUGCUGGUGAUGUUUUGAGUCUCCGCCCAACAAAAGCUUACACUCAUUUCCUCGUGCCAGGCUUAGCAAUAUAUGCAAGCCCUGAGAACUUGGCUAAGUACCAAAUUGAUGAAAACAAACCAAAAGUUGAGUCCAACUAUAGUUCACCAUAUGUUCAAAGGACAUUGGGCUGUUUAUCCAGAUUAGUAUUACAAAUAACAAUGAGUAAAACACAACCAUGGACUCUUGAACCGUGGCAUGUCAGAACAUCAUUCCGUAAGGCAGGCUUUGUUGUACCUGAGCAUGCUAUAACCAUGCCUCCAGUCACAAUAAAAGGACCAGAUCUUACUCUGCAGGAUAAGGAGUUCUUAGUCACUGUUAAAGUAAAUAAUAAGGAAGAAGUGAACGUUAGAUGUAGAAUCCAUCACUGGGCAACCGGCUUAGAGAGGCUGGCAUGGGUGCCAUACCACUGGAAAGAACCCAAGGAAGCACUAGUGCCCGAACAAGCUCCCAUUUUAGAAAGCCUCCCAUUACCUAAUUAGUAAAAAUAAUGAAUUAGUUUUCAUAUCUGUAGAUGUCCUAAUAAUUCUCCAUCAAAUAAAUAUUAAACAAAUUGGUUA